CGUCCGCCCGUUUUAUUUCUACUCCGGCAUUUCUUCCUGGACAUCGAUCCUUCCUUCUUCAUACUUUGCUUUCCAAUCUUCCCAUCUUCUGAUUAUACCCCCCCGUUGUUCGUGAUACCACUCCAGCUUUCACAAUGUCUUCUUCUCUUGAGCAGCUCAAGGCCACCGGCACUGUCGUCGUCUGCGACUCUGGCGACUUUGCCACCAUCGGCAAGUACAAGCCCCAGGAUGCCACUACCAACCCCUCUUUGAUCCUGGCUGCUUCCAAGAAGCCCGAGUACGCCGAACUUAUCGACUCCGCCGUCCAGUACGGCAAGAAGCACGGCAGCACCGUCGAUGAGCAGGUCGACGCCACCCUUGACCGUCUCCUGGUUGAGUUCGGCAAGAAGAUCCUUGAAAUCAUCCCCGGAAAGGUCUCCACCGAGGUUGAUGCUCGCUUCUCUUUCGACAAACAGGCCUCCAUCGACAAGGCCCUUCACAUCAUCAAGCUCUACGAGGAGAUUGGUAUUCCCAAGGACCGUAUCCUGAUCAAGAUUGCCUCCACCUGGGAGGGUAUCAAGGCCGCUGAGGUCCUCCAGCGUGACCACGGCAUCAACUGCAACCUGACCCUCAUGUUCUCCACCGUCCAGGCCAUCGCUGCUGCCGAGGCCAAUGCUUACCUCAUCUCUCCCUUCGUUGGCCGUAUCCUUGACUGGUACAAGGCUGCCCACAAGCGUGACUUCGCUCCUGAGGAGGACCCCGGUGUCAAGUCUGUUCAGAGCAUCUUCAACUACUACAAGAAGCACGGCCACAACACCAUUGUCAUGGGUGCUUCCUUCCGUAACACUGGUGAAAUCACCGAGCUUGCUGGCUGUGACUACUUGACCAUCUCCCCCAACCUCCUCGAGGACCUCUACAACUCUACCGCCGCUGUCCCCAAGAAGCUCGACGCCGCCAGCGCCGCCGGCCUUGACAUCCCCAAGAAGACCUACAUCAACGACGAGGCUCAGUUCCGCUUCGACUUCAACGAGGAGGCUAUGGCUGUCGAGAAGCUGCGUGAAGGUAUCUCCAAGUUCGCUGCCGACGCCGUGACCCUGAAGGACAUCCUCAAGCAGAAGAUCCAGGCCUAAAGGGAGACUGUCACUUGCAUUAAUUAACGUUAUGUCCAUGCAAUGUCUUCAUGUAAAAAUUGGCGACCUACAAAAUUGGUUUAGUAGAUACGAAUCAUGAAUGAGUUAUAUCUUUCACUUUUCUUCCCACGUGUGGCUGCAUCUUGCGGGCCUAGAUAAGCUUGUUUGAUCAGGAUUGUAAUUGGAGACCCAGUGGUAGGAAAGCAACAAGCUACCAGCCACCAGCAUGGAGACGGGACUUGUCGAUCUUGAGCUAUCGGACCGGAAGUGGAAAC